GAAACUUUCCUUUGUUUUGUGGGGUAUGGUUUUAGUAUUUGAAUAGCAGACUUCAAAUGCUGCUGCCGUGUGAAGACUUUUCUCAAGUCAUACCAAGUCUUUUGCCAUCUUUGUCAAGAUAGAGCCUUUUAUUGGAGCUGAAAUUUUAUCAAAUUCUAAAUAAUACUGCAAUUUAUGAGCAAGAUUUGAGAUAAAAAAUUAUGAUGUGGGUUCAGAUUUAGCAGCCUAAAGGAACUGUGAAUUGGGGCUUUUGGUUAUUCAAGAACUGAAAAAGAUUGAAUCUUGUGCUUUGUAGAUGGUGGGUUGUCUACAUUUCUGAUUGAGAUAAGCUUAUGCUGUGGGUUCAGAUUUAGCAGCCUAAAGGAAUUGUAAAAUUGGGCUUUUGGCUAUCCAAGUACUGAAAAAGAUUGAAUCUUGUGUCCCGUAGAUGGUGGGUUUUCUACAUUUCUGGGAGGGUAUUUUAGUAGUAUACUGAAGGACAUGAAGUGUUUUCCGUUCUACACUGGUGAGAAGAAGGAAGAACCUAAGACAGCAAAGUCAAAUCCAGUUCUGUCCUCUUUUGGUCUUUCGGAUAGUGAAUUUCGGCAUUCUCAUCGUGAGUCCAGCUCUCAGAAUGUAUCAGAUACCAGCACAGAGUCCAGAGGAAGGAGCCAAUUUCCAAGCCUGUCUGAUAGGCCUUCCGAUCUCAGGGCAUUUACAUUCUCAGAACUGAAAGCAGCAACGAAGAAUUUCAACCGUACUACCAAGAUUGGGGAAGGUGGAUUUGGAUGUGUAUAUAAGGCCACAGUAAAAACUGGUGAGGAUUCAGUUCAAAAGAUUGACGUGGCUGUAAAACAACUUGGUAGAAGAGGAUUACAGGGCCACAAAGAGUGGGUGACAGAAGUCAACGUUCUCGGGGUGGCUGAACACAGGAACCUCGUCAAAUUAGUAGGCUAUUGCGCGGAAGAUGAUGAGAGAGGAAUCCAGCGGCUUUUGGUGUAUGAAUAUAUGCCUAACAAAAGUGUCGAGAAUCAUUUGUCAGCUCGGUCAGAAACCCCUCUCUCCUGGGCAAUGAGGUUAAAGAUAGCCCAAGAUGCUGCUCGUGGCUUAGCAUACCUACAUGAAGAAAUGGAUGUUCAGAUCAUCUUCAGAGAUUUUAAAUCUUCAAACAUUCUUUUGGACGAGCAAUGGAAUGCAAAGUUGUCAGAUUUUGGAUUGGCUAGGUUGGGACCUCCUGAGGGUCUAACCCAUGUCUCAACUGCGGUUGUUGGAACCAUGGGAUAUGCUGCUCCUGAAUAUGUUCAAACUGGCCGUCUCACUUCCAAGAGUGAUGUGUGGAGCUAUGGUGUCUUUCUCUAUGAGCUGAUUACUGGUCGACGCCCAUUAGAUCGAAAUCGGCCUAGGAGCGAGCAGAAGCUCUUAGAGUGGGUAAAGCCAUACAUAUCAGAUUCUAAGAAGUUUCAGCAAAUAUUAGACCCAAGGCUUGAUGGUAAAAUCUCAAGGUCAGCCCAGAAACUCUCCAUUGUCGCCAACCGCUGCUUGGUCAGACAUGCAAAGUCGCGUCCAAAAAUGAGUGAAGUACUGGUAAUGGUGAACAAAGUUGUCGAGACAUCAACAGGAAUAGGAAAUCCUGAACCACCUGUGAAAAAAGAAGAACCAACUUCAUCAGAAUCUGAAAGGAAAGGUAAGAGGAAGAUCAUUGAUAUCAAACUUGGAGAUGGUAGCGGGUUAGUACACAUGUGGUCAACAAAACUGAUAAACACCUGUUAAUAUAUUAGUUUCCAAUAUGCACAAACAAAACAAAUAGUUGAAAAAAAAAGUUUAACAAAACAUUAUAACCGUCAGAGCGAAAGGUAAUCAAGAAGUGCAAAAAUCAUAUUACUCCUGAUAUGAAUGGGGUCUCUUCUGUUAUUUUCUUAUACCGUCUCUCGGAUUGGCAGCAUGUGGUAUUUUCGACACUAUAUGUGACUUGCUGCAGAAUCUUCUGAGGAUCUAAGACGAUGAAUGAAGGGGUUUGGCGUUUGAUCAUGGUAAUACUGAUCUUGAUAUUUUCAGUUUUGAUUGACAAUGUCUUGUAUAGUUUUCCACCUUCCAUGAUAUGCAAGAAAAUGAACAAAAUGAGAAAGUUCAUCUUGUUACACAUGAAAGUUUGUUUUGUUAUACAUGAAAAUUCAUCAUGGUUCGUUUAGGAAUGUAAUUUGAAACAAACAUUCAAGUGAAAUAUUGGAGCUUGUAAUGACAAUGUUGCUAGCCAUAAUGAAAGAGAAAGGUGCUUACAAUUA